UUCCUCUCUUUGCCUUGCAGACAAAUAGCACACAGCAAUCAACCGUCGUCUUCUUCCUCGACGCCUCAUAGGCUCAUAGGGUUCUCCAAAUUCUAAAUCGUUGCAAGCGAAACCACCAAAACUGUACUCACAACCCUCGUCUGCGCUGCGCCACCACUCCCCCGUGGCGGCUUGUAGUUGUAGAAGUUCCCGGAACCAGACAACCCCUAGGCGCUGAGUUUUCUGAUAGCGGCUUCGGAUAUCUCGUCGUGGGCGGCCAUGGCGGGCCCGUGCUGAGUGCGGGGCGGGAGCAGGUGAAGGUCUCCGAGCUCGAGAUCUCGAUGCAGAUUCGGGAGGGCCCGGCGCGGCGGCAGGCGCCGUCCGCCGCUGGGGCGCUGCGGUCGCCCAUGUCCGCCAUGAUGCUCGCUAUGUUCGCUACUAUGGCCUCCUUCUACGUCGCCGGUCGAUUGUGGCAGGAUGCUCAGAACCGACUUCAUCUCAUUAAGGAGCUCGACAGACGAACAGGCCAGGGGCAAUCAGCAAUAUCUGUGGAUGAUACCUUGAAGGUUGUUGCAUGCAGGCAGCAAGGGAAGCGGUUGGCAUCACUUGAGAUGGAGCUGGCUGCAGCAAAGCAUAAAGGUUUUGUUGGCAAAUAUACUCCUGAGACAAAUGGAACUCAUUCUGGGAAAAAGCCACUGAUUGUUAUUGGAAUAAUGAGUAGCUUUGGGAGGAAAAACUACCGUGAUGCUGUCAGGAAAUCAUGGCUUCCAACAGGUUCAAUGCUGAAGAAACUAGAAGAAGAAAAAGGCAUUGUAGUACGUUUUGUUGUUGGAAGAAGUGCAAAUCGAGGUGAUACUUUCGAUAGGGAGAUUGAUGACGAAAAUAGGAGCACCAAGGAUUUCUUGAUAUUGGAUGAUCAUAUAGAAUCUGAUGAAGAGCUUCCUAAGAAGACAAAAAGUUUCUUUGCUAAUGCAGCAGAAACAUUCAAUGCUGCAUUUUAUGCUAAGGUCAAUGAUGAUAUAUACAUAAAUGUCGAUACUUUGAGUGCAAUGCUCGAAACUCACUGGGACAGGCCUCGUGUCUAUAUAGGUUGCAUGAAAUCGGGCGAGGUUUUCUCUGACUUAACCCACAAGUGGUACGAAUCAGACUGGUGGAAAUUUGGUGAUGGGAAAUCGUACUUUCGACACGCUUCUGGUGAAAUGUUUGUCAUAUCCAGGGCCAUAGCUCAGUUCAUUUCUAUAAACAAGUCCGCUCUCCGGACAUAUGCCCAUGAUGAUGUUAGUGUUGGAUCGUGGAUGAUUGGCCUUGCCGUGAAUCAUGUAAAUGAAGCAAAACUGUGCUGUUCAUCGUGGCCCUCAGGUCCUGGGUUCGAGCCCCAGCCUCUGCAUAUUAUGCGGGUAUGGCUUGGCGCUUAAAGAUACUCUUCCCCAGACCCCGCACAGUGCGGGAAGCCUAUGGCACUGGGUACGCCCUUUUAUAUGUUUACGUUAUUCUAAUGAUCUAUUUUUCUUACUGGUCAAAUCUGAAUCUUGAUGAUUGCUUCCAUGUGAUUAGUCCCUCUGUUUGCAUACUUUGUCAGAUCCUUGAUUGUCUUGAUUUUUAAUCCUGUAUUUGGACAACCUUGCGAGUACUGAAACUUCAAGGAUGAGAGAAGUAGCAGAUACACAUGAACAAGAAAUGUGUAAUUUCCUUGUUCAGUGUAGAAGUAAAACAGGGGAUGGAGCUAGGGAGCAUAUCCAAUGAAAACUACUCCCUCCAUUCCACUAAGACGUUUUGGCAUUUCUAGAUACAUAGGCCAUGUUUAGAACCGCUUAGGCUAUCUCCAGCAGUCUUACCUAUACCAUCUCCUAUUUCAAACUCCACUCUGUGAAAAAAUGUUGUUUGUAGUGCAUAACAGUGUUUUGCAUGGUCAUAUAUACGGCUUGUUGAGCACAGUCUUAUAGGACAAGCGAUUAUAAUCUGAUCAUGAUUUUCUAAUAAGUUGUGGUCCAAAAAAUCUAAGCAUGAAAAAUCAGGGUGUUCGGCAAUCUUCAUUAUCAUAGCAAUUUUGAGUGUAAAAGGACUUUUAUGUGAUUCUUCCUCACCAGCCCGUCACCACCUGCUCACGACCAGCCUGCUGCUGCCGCCGCAGAGAGGACGAGCGGAUGCUGGCUCCGCUGCUCCCCUGCACCAGACCGCCACUGUUGCCUCUGCAGAGAGAUGAGCGGAUGGGAUCAGAGGGAAGUGGCGUGCCUGGAGGAAUGUGGCGGCGGCUGAGAUCCGCCCGAUGGCGCUGGAUCUGGGGGACAGAGGGGUGGUGGUGGUGGAGGGAGGGAUGGUGGUACACUUGUACAGUACAGGACCGGCACCGGUGGAGGAGGACGACUUGAGGGGUGAGUGCUCGAGAAGGGGCAGGGGCAAGCAGGGAGACACAAGGAACAAUCGCAAAGCGCAGCCUGAGGCUAUCCGCACUCAUACUACUCUAAAUUUGUACUCUAAAAGAAAUAUUCUAUCCUCGUCAGCAAGAUUCUUUACUCUAUACCACAAUCCUCCGCAGUCAUGUUUACUCUAUAUCUCAACUCUAUACCAACUACCACAUAUUAUAUCAUUUCUUUUCAAAUACCAACUCACGUCUACAGUGGCCCUGCGAUCCGAACCACAGCGGGACCAACGAUCCGCUGCCACCGUGGAUGUGAGAGAGAAGAUGGAGUCCAAACGCCAAGUCUCUAGGAAUAGAGUUCGAAGGUGCGUCGGGCUUGAUGCAGUUUAGGAUAGAGUUCACCGCUGCAGCUGUUUUCGAACUCCAAAAUGCCACCAAGGCGGUAGAGUUCAGCGUGGAGUUCGUCAGUGCGGAUAGCCUGAGCUCCGCGUUUUGAACCGCCAUUGCGGGAGAGAAUCCAACGCGGACGCGCGGUCGUGAUGAGUGUGUGGUUGCCUGGUGUUUCUAGCUUAUUUGGCACAACCGAAUGGCUGCAGAAACAAACAGGACGAUAGAUUUUGCUAUGUAUCUAGAUAUACACUUAUGUCUAGGUAGAUACAUAGUAAAAUAAUGCAUCUAGAAAAUCCAAAACGCCUUAUGAUUUCGAAUGGAGCCAUGGAGGGGGGUAGGUAUGUUCAACUUAACUAGUUAUCUUGCAGUUGCUACAACUGCAAAUGACCUAUGAAUACUAAAGCUAAAGCAUGUCCUUCAGCAUGUAUUCUGGAAUACGAAUUUCAGAAAUGAACCUGCUAGAGUUAGCAGUUUAUGAUCAGCGGAUAUUUAUUGUCUCAUUUGUAACAAGUUAACCCAAAAUUUAGGUUCAGUUUUCCUUAGACCUUUGACUACAAACCAUAGCAGGCUUCCCUAGUUAUGGUUUGCUUAUGUUUGGGACAGAAGGCAAGGGUUUCAUGGUUCAGCGGAAAAUAGAAUGGAUGCAAAUUAGCUUGUUUUGUAAAAAAAAACAGUUGGUUAUUUUCAUGUUUGCUUAUGUUUUG